AUGUAUAAGCCGCGGCCCGAUUUCAAGCAGGUCGAAGCUACCCGGCCAAAUUUCCGCCAGGAUGCCGAAGUCAUCGUGACCAAGACUCCGAACCCUGCCUGGAAGGAGGGCGACGGUGCUAACGAUGGCGGUGAAAGUCUGAAGAAGAAUCAUGUUGAAAUCGAUCCUUUCGCCGAGGGCCGUUCAGUCGCGUCGAACUACAAGCUCCUCAUCUCCAGUGUCGUGCCUCGGCCCAUUGCCCUGGUUAGUACGCAAUCUGCAGAUGGGACGACAACAAACCUUGCGCCAUUCAGCUACUCCCAGGUUGUAUGCCAUGAUCCGCCAACUUUCAUUGUGGGCUUCGCUGGUGGUCUCGGGAGCGCCAAGGAUACUCUGCGUAAUCUGCAUGAGACUGGAGAGUGCGUGAUCAAUAUCAUCUCGGAGCACUUUGUGGAGGCUGCCAACUCGACUGCUAUCAAUACUCCUUACGGUGUUUCUGAGUGGAAGACCUCCGGUCUGACCCCGGCACCUACCUCUGUUGUCAAGCCGGCGCGUGUCAAGGAAUCGAUUUUCGCUAUCGAAGCCAAGCUUGUCGAUACCAAAGAGUUUGAAAGCCGCGCAACCCCUGGCAAGAAGACGGGUGCUAUGAUAACUGUUGAGGGCGUGCGGUUCUGGGCACGCGAGGAUGCUAUCGACGAGGACCGGUCUGCUAUCGACCUCAAGGUUCUCAAGCCUAUUAGUCGUUUGGGUGGCAUUACUUAUGGUCGCACUACUGAAGCAUUCGAGAUUCCUCGUCCUGCCAUUUAA